GCAGGGGUUACUCGACAACAAGAGAACAGCUAACAAGUUCCGUCUGCUUGUCGAGCGACGACAACGAGACAGAGUCAUAAGCUUAAGGCUGGAGGAGGCAGCAGCAGCAACACUAGCGUCAGCUUCCCAUCGUUGCUCGGUCACUGGUCGAGCGCGACGAUGCUGCAUCCGAUCGUCAUGGCAACGCAGAACGUCGCUCACCGCGACACGCCGCUGCUCAGCGGAUACGCCGGCCUCGCUGAUGGACUGCCAUGUGACAUACACCUAGUCAACCUGAGGACGUUGCAAGAGAAGCCGGUCGGAGCAAACGACUUUCAGCCCAAGGACGAGGCGGCCAUGUUGCUGCACCGGUUCGGUCAUGACUGCAGUUUCCCGGCGCGGGCGAUGCAAUGUGAUGUGUCAGGUGGCAAGGUGGCGUUGAGCGGUCUCUUCAAGGACCUUGAGAUAGCACACGCUGAGGAGACGACUCUAUCGUUGAUGCACAGCCUGGGAGAUAAGUCCGCAUCGAGCUCAAUCAAGCUAGAACCCAUGGAGAUCAACACGUACAAAGUGCGCUUAAAGUGAACACCUCCCCCCAUGUGAACGAAAGAACAACAUGACCUCUAACUGCCUAGUGACGCAAGAAGAAGAAGACCUCUAACUGCCUUGAAAACUAACUUGUUUUUUCUACGGACCGUCGCGGAGGGGGUUGGGGAGUAAUUGCGGGUUGGGGAGCGCCGCCGCAGCAGCAGUAGCAGCAGCAGCAGCAGCAGCAGCAGCAGCACCGACACCACCACCCCCACCACCACAGCCGCAGCA